GACAUUACAUUUCUGUGGAUACAUCUUACGAAGGUGAGAAAGCAGUGCUGUCCAGUCCUGAGCUGUACUCUGAGGAAUGGAGCUGUGUCCGACUGAUCUACCAGAUUGCAAUGACUGCAGAGGCUUCACGUGAUCCCACCAGGCUCAACGUAUACCUGAGGCAGGAAGGAGAGAGCUUUGAUCGUUUGCUGUGGUCAGCCAAGGAGCCUUCAGAUAGCUGGCUCAUAGCUAGCUUAGAUUUAAUUAACAGCACAAAGAAGUACAAGAUUGUACUGGAAGGUGAAAUAGGACAAGAUAAAUCUGCCAGUAUAGCAGUUUUUGAAAUUAAAAUAACUCCUGGAUAUUGUAUUGAAUGUGACUUUGAAGAAAAUCAUCUUUGUGGCUUUGUGAACCGCUGGAACCCCAAUGUCAACUGGUUUGUGGGUGGAGGCAACAUUCAUAAUUCUCAGUCUAUCCUGCCCAAAGACCACACACUCAACAGUGAACUGG